CCUUUCCGUGAGUUUUUUCUUUGAUUCCGUCGAUUUUCGGAUGCUUCCGUCGAACAUUUGUCCGGGUUUGUCAGAUCGGUUGGUGAAUUUGAGUUUUGUUUUUCCCAGAAUGAGAGAGGAAGAAUCCAACUGGUUCGCCAGAUGGGAAGAAGAGCUUCCAUCACCGGAGGAGCUCAUGCCGUUGUCGCAGUCUCUAAUCACUCCUGAUCUCGCCCUCGCCUUCGAUAUCCGAAGCCCUAACAGCGAUUCCGGUCAAGGUCACCCGCCAUCCGCGACGCUGCAGCCUCCGCCGCCGUCGUCCCAGGCCAACUCCUCCGCCGAGUUCGCGGCCGACUCGGCGGAUCUGGGUUCCGGAGCCGCCGGAGACGAGCCAGCUCGGACGCUGAAGCGGCCGCGUCUCGUCUGGACGCCGCAGCUGCACAAGCGGUUCGUCGACGCGGUCGCGCAUCUCGGCAUAAAAAACGCUGUCCCGAAGACCAUCAUGCAGAUGAUGAGCGUCGACGGUCUGACCAGAGAGAACGUCGCGAGCCAUCUGCAGAAGUACCGUUUGUACCUCAAGAGAAUGCAGGGUCUGUCCUCCGGCGGCGGCAGCGGCGGAGCUGUGUCGGAUCCAGCGAUGGAUAAUUUGUUCGCUAGUUCUCCAGUGCCUGCCCAUUUCUUGCAUCCGACAAGGGGACCGAGUUCGGACCAUUUCAUGCCUGCUUUUGUCCCAAUGGCGAUGCUGCAGCAGCAGCAGCAGAUGGCUGCCACCGCCACAGCCACAGCCAAUCCCCACCUGCAACCUCCGCACUUCCACCACCGGCAAAUGACCCAUUUUGGUUCUCCGACGAACGGGCAGUUCGAGCAUUCGUUCCUGGCGGCUCGGCAGACGCAGCAACAAGGUCAUAGAAUGGGUGCGGCAUUGCACAGUACAGUGGCUAAUAGUUACGGAGAGGACUUGGAAUCUGCUAACGCCAAUGGAGGAAGGACGGUACUGACUCUAUUCCCACCUCGAGACGAUUGAAUCUGUGGUAAAAAAAUUUGGUCAGACAUCCUCAACAGAAGAGAGUUCUGGUUCUUGGUCCUUGUCUGAAUGGCAUAGAGCUCGCAAUGUUUAUGUCAGUUCCUGAACUGGAAAUUGGUGUCUCUGCAUAUGCGUCCAUUGGUUGUUCUGUUUCAGUAUGUAUGAUUCUAUGGUAACUGAGUUAACUCAGUGACGUCACUCCGUGAAGUCGACCAGAACAGAACAUUCUGUUAUUCGAUCACUCACUUCAUCACGUUCUUUUUGCUUC